AUUUACAGAGAGGAAGAAGAGUGCUGCAAUGGAGGAGAUUGUGGUGGAGAGUCUUCUUAGCGGUAACAGAGAGGCUCAAAUAGAAGCAGCUAUCGAGCUGAGUAAUCUAAGCAGGAAGCAAAGACAAAAAUUGGCAGAAAGAGAGAUCAUUUCUCCUUUACUCUCAAUGUUACAAUCUCAAGACUGUCUCACAACAGAAGUUGCUCUAUCUGCAUUACUCAGCCUUGCCUUUGGCAGUGAAAGGAACAAAGUCCAAAUUGUGAAAUCUGGCGCAGUACCAAUGUUGCUAGAAAUCCUCCAGUCAGAAACGAAGAUGGUAGUUCUUGAAUUGGCCAUGGCAUUUCUUCUGAUUCUCUCUUCCUGUAACAAAAACAAGGUUAAGAUGGCAUCAACCAGGUUGAUUCAGCUUUUAGUUGGACUUAUUGGGCUCGAUAGACUUACCAUUCAGGCCAAGGUUGAUGCCAUAGCAACACUACAAAAUCUAUCGACUCUUCAUCAGAUUGUUCCCCUGGUUAUAGCUUCGGGAGCACCGUAUGCUUUGCUUCAAGUCAUCAACUGUUGUGAUAAAUCUUCUGAAUUAUCUGAUAAGGCAGUAGCUUUGCUCGAAAACAUAAUUUCUCAUUCACCAGAAUCUGUUUCCAGCAUCGGUGGAGCAAUUGGGGUUCUGGUGGAAGCCAUCGAAGAAGGGUCAGCCCAGUGUAAAGAGCACGCGGUAGGAAUAUUACUUGGUGUAUGCAACAAAGACAGAGAGACAAACCGAGGAUUGAUACUGAGAGAAGGAGUGAUGCCCGGAUUGCUUCAAGUGAGUGUAGACGGGACACGGAGGGCUAAAGAAAUGGCUAGAGAGCUAUUGCUACUACUAAGGGACUGCUCUAGCUAUGUCAUCAAAAACAAACAGUCAAAGAUUGAGAUUGUUGAGCAAAUAAUGCGGGAGAUUGAUCAAGAAGGAGAGCGAAUACCCGGAACCAUGUUGAAGUUGGUAGAAGAGAUGAUUUCGAAACUCAGCACAUAGCCUUGGCUGCAUUCCAGAUCUUGUAUAUAUAAAACCAUGUACUGUUUCACAGAAAGAGAGCCUUCUUCUUAGGAAUAAUUGUUACCAUCUUAUUGCUUGUGAUCCCUCUAGGCUCUAACAUUAUAAACCCCACUUCAAUUC